AUGGUGAAGGACCUUGUGGCUUCAGGGGCGGAAGUCCACCUGAAAGACAAGAAGGGGGAUACAGCUCUUCAUAUUGCUGCACAACUGAAAGAAGAUGGGCCGGAGGUGAUCGAAUAUCUCCUUAGUGUCGAAUCGGACGUCAAUUUGGCAAAUGACAUUGGGCAAACAGCGCUUCACAUUGCUGUGUCUGUAGGUCAAGGAGAGAAUGUUGAGGUUCUUGUUUCCGCUAGUGCGCUUAUGAAUUUGAAAGAUGAGAAAGGCGCGACAGCUCUGCAUGAGGCUGCAAAGAUGGGAGAAGAAGGACCGCUUCUGAUCGAGUGUCUCAUUAGUGCCGGGUCAGAAGUCAAU